AUGGAGAAGAAAUUCACUUGGGUUUUCAAAAAGUACUCUUCUUGGCAAGAUGAGAAAUGCUACUCUCGCGCAUUCGCUGUCGCCGGCUGCAAUUGGCACAUUCUUGCUCGUCGGGAGGGAGAUAAGAACGAUGGCCACUUGUUCCUGUACCUGGAACUUGUGGAUCCUAAAUCUUUGCCACAAGGAUGGAAACGAGACGUGAAAUUUAGCCUCACUCUGGUGACUAAGGCUUGGGGCAAAUCCUGCAUAUCAUUGGAAACGCAAUGUUGUUUCGAUGCAAAAAAUGCGGGUUGGGGUUUUAAAAAUGCCGUGUCCCUUACCAAACUUCAAGCAAAGGGUGAAGGAUUUCUGGUGAAUGACAAAUUCAUUGUCGUCGCUCAAGUACACGUUCUUCCAGCGGAAACGGUGAAGAUUAUUGAACCUGAUGGUGCCUCUGUUCAAGCUGAGAAUGCAUCUAAAGAGAAGUUAGAUGAACAUGAAGACGAUGAUGAUGAUACAUCAUCUAAAGAGGCUUCGGAUGAUGGCCAUGAAACUUCUGACGAGGGUGCAGUUGAUGAUGGUGCUGACACUAGUCUAUCGAACCAAUCAAAUGCCUUGGUUCAAGACAAUGUGGCAGCUGAGACUGAGGUUUCCAACGCGGAUAAUGAGGAUGCGCCUAAAGAAGAUGUUGAUGAUGAUGAGGCUUCAUCAUCUUUGCUCACGGAGAUUCAACCAGCGAAGGAAACGAUUCAUGUCAAUGGGUUUGAAGUUUACUCUUCUCAGGUAGAGUCGGUGAGGCAUAUCUUUAAAAGACACCCGGACAUAGCAUUAGGCUUCCGUCCAAAGAACCAACAGAUCAGAAGAGCUUACAUGAAUGAACUCCUUAGCCUCAUUGAGACGCUGUGCCAGUCACCAGAGAAGCUCUCUGAGGAUGAUCUGAGAAAUGCUGAAGACACACUGACUGAUCUGAUUGAUGUCGGCUUUAACCUGGAUUGGCUGAAGACAAGGUUGAAUGAGGUCUCUGAAAAGAAGAAGAAGGAACAGGGUAGUGUGGCUCGGAUACAAACAAUGGAGGAACAGUUGCAGAAGCUGAAGCUGAUGUUCUUGGAUCUUGAAACUCAGCUCCAGAAGGAAAAGGCUGUGGCUUUGGCCGCAAGAGCUCCUCUCUCUUUUGACGAUGUUGUUUGCUGA